ACAACAACAUCGGGCGGUGCGGCGGGAGGAGGGGAGCUGUCAGGAACGAUACACUCAACGCUCCUGUGACCUUCAGCCAUGUCCUCCGAGCCCACCAAGGAUCCUGAAGGCGGGGAGGACGUAGGGGAAGGCAUGGACUCUGAGGACGGGGAGGACCCUGAAGACCUAGGCGAAGAGGAGGAGGAGGAAGAUGAGGAAGAGGAGGACAUGGACUCUGAGGAAGAUGAAACUGAGGACCCCAGCUUGCAGGAGAAGAUAGUUUGGCUUGAUAUUCAGGUAACAGGGCUUGAUGUGGACCAGGAGGCCAUAAUGGAGGUGGCAAUAGUGGUGACCAACAGCCUUCUUAAUGUGCUGGUUGAGAGCCCCAAUCUUGUACUCAAGGUGGAAGACAACAUUCUGAAUGAAAUGAAACAACCGUAUAAGGAUCAGCACUCAAAGACCGGACUGCUUGAGAGAUGCAAGAAGAGCGACCUUUCACUCAAGGAUGCUGAGGACAAGUUGAUGGAGUUUUUGGUGCAGCACACAGAAAAAGACAAGGCACCUCUGGCUGGUAAUUCUGUUCAUGCUGACAAGAAGAAAUUUUUGGUGAAGUAUCUGCCCAGAGUGAUGGAUCACCUCCAGGACCGUGUUGUUGAUGUCAAGAGUGUAAAGGAUUUGUGCAAGAGCUGGUACCCAGAUGAAUUCAAGUCUGCCCCCAUCACAAAUGAGUCCAACACUGAAGUGCUGGAAAAGGUCAGGGAGAGCAUUGAAGAGCUGAAGUAUUACAAGGCAACUUUGUGCAAUGCUGUGAAUGUACAACUGUGAAUACAGAAUCCUUUGACCAAUGAAGGAUACAUGUAAGUUUAGUCACCAUAAUCAUAAUCAUCGUCAUCAUUACCAUCAUCGUCACCAUCAUCAUCACCACUGCAAGAGAAAUGCCCUUCCCAACAUUGUUCACCUCUCUGCUUCCUAAUCCUUACUUUCUAUCCAUGUUAUACCAAUACUUUUUCUCUCCAUUCCUCAUUUUGCACUUUUUGCAUUUCUCUGAAUCGUUUGUGCAAAAGAAAAAAAAUCUUAAUCAUCAAAGUAUUGUAAGCUCAGUUAUGUUUGUUGUGAAUGUUAGAAGCAAGUGUUUUUAUGUGUUUAACAAAUGGUGCAAAAAAGUCUGCAUAACCAUUCCUAAAGUAAUGCAGUAUUAAUUAAAUACACAAAGUGCUUAACACUAAGCCUAAAUACAUGGCAACAAAAAAAUAAAUGGGAUAUUUUUUCAAUAUUGAAAGUGAAAUGCUAUAAUUUUGUAGUCAUAAACAAGGUAGCUAUGUAUAUGUAACUUAAGUUCCAGCUGUUUAUUAUUUGUUGCACCCUUUUACUCUGAAUAGCUAAAUGCAUAUUCAUUUGCUUUUCAAGCAUCAACUAGUAUGUAUGGUAAUUUUUUUAUUUUUUUAUCAAUCAUUAUAUAUGUUUGUCCAAAAACCUGUUCACUCAUUCAGCCAUUAUUUGUUGCAUUCCUUGCUUCAGAUGCUUAAAAGUAAAUUUGUAGAGCCUACAUAUAAUUUCCUCACCAAUUGGAAUAUCUAUACCAGAACCAUGAUUCAAAUUCAUGUGAUAUCCUUCUAGCCUUGGUGAUAUCAAAGCUAGACUCUAGGGUAGAGGGCAAAGUAUCUGCACUUCUUAAGGUUGGGAGAAUUCUUGGAAGACAAUGCUUUUGCAUGAGUGACAUUGAAAGUAUAAUGAGUGCACAUUUAAAGAGUUUGUGUCUGAAGAUGGAGUUAUUUUCCAAGUGCUGACCCACUCAGAUAUGCAUGGGUUUAAAAUCCUUUCGAAUGUACCACUGAACAUCUGCCAGAUGACCCAAAUAGAGUUGCUGAAGUAGUAAUUAAAAUGAAAUCAAACAACCCCUUAGUUGCCUUUAUUCAGGAUUUGCCUUAAAUACAAAAUUCCCGCUGACAGGUUUGAAGACAGCUAAUGUACUUUUACCAUAUGGUUCAAUGUACUUUUUUUAUGCUGAAUUUUUGGCAAGUUCAAAUGCAGAAAUAGACUGCAGUCAGAAAAUUUUAUCAGCUGUUCACCUGCAAAGCUCUACCAAAUCAUUUUGGAAAUUAUCACAAAUUGUUAGUGACAUUUUCUCAUGAUUGAAUAUCAUUUACAACACAAUAUACAUUUUUCCUGCCAGUACACACCUAGUUUCAACUGAAGGUAUCAUUGUGCUUCUUUAAAUACUGUAUUUUUAGUGUAUUUCCAAUAGAGUAGUCGAAUGAUAUAAUCACUUUAUUUUAAAUAAACGUGAUUGUGACAUUAUAGGCAUGCAACUAUUACUUAAUUUCUUUCAGUGUAUUUGUAUAUACAGUACUUUUCAGUUGUUUCAUUUAUGAUGGCAGUGAAGGUGUCAUUGCAUUCCUAGAAUUAAUAAUUGAUAAUUUCCAACAGAAAGGGUAACCAUAAUGAUUGUAAGUGUUUGUCAUUGUUCUAUUUAUGUCUUUAAAUAAUAAAGGGAAUCCAACAAUAUAAAGUUACAUUAACUGCACUUUAACUUGUAAAAUGAAUAAAUAGUUUUGGGUAAUGAGCUUGACGUCAAGCAUGUUUACACUAUGUGCAACUCUGCACCUGUCUAUCUCUGCUCUUGCUUCUGCUGCAGUAUAACUGCCUAGAAACUUUAUUUAAUUAUUUAUUUGCAAAAGAAACUUACAAUAUCAAAACUUGUUUCAUCUCAAAUGCAGACUUAGAGCAUAUAUUAUUCAACCAGAUAAUGCAAUUUUGACCAAGAUGCAAGACUAAAAGUAAAUGAAUGGAGUUGAUUUGGCCUUAGAACAUUACCUAAAGUUGCAAGUGUGUUAGAAAUAUCUCACGUCUAUGGUGGAAGUAUACUUUGCAGUCCAAUAUUUGAUACCUUGUGAGUUGAAGAAGAGGAAGUUGAUGAGAUGGCAUGUAUUUUAGCAAGUGUAUACAAACAUGUGUAGUACCUGAUACGCCUGAGGGGAAAGCCUCCCAAACUCUCUCUGUGAGGGGGGUACCUUAUUGGCCAACUGGCUAAGGAGUGGCUUUCCCAUCUCGCCGGUCGUGUGUUUGAUCCCCGGCGCUGGUAGCACCCUUUCCGGGUUUGGAUUAAUUUCUUGUGUGUUUCGUAACACGCCGUGCUUGUGUGGUAGUGAAGUGGAAGUCAAGCAAUGCUCAUGUUAAGAGUAGUAACGAUACAAGGAGGGUAUCAGGACACCUCCUCCCUAAAUUGACCCAUCUUUCGGCCACUCCUCUUGACUCUUUUGUAGGAGCAGUGAGUAGCAGGCUUCGUUUUAUCAGUAUUGUUUCCUUUUUGCCCUUGAUCUGUUUCCUCUACUGUUAAAAAAAAAUAAAAAAAUUAAGUAUGAUAUCUGUAGCUAAUUCCGAUGUGUUAAAAGCAUGGAGGUAUAAGGGUCUACCUCCAUGGUUAAAAAGUCUAGCCUGACCUUGACCUAAGUGGUGUUUUGGCUCUGAAGUCGAAUGUAGCGGUUUUAGCAAUGUGUUGGCGGCGGCGAUUGGCACCACUGACGGGGCAAUGUUGUCACAACGGUGCCAGAUUGUCGUACUCAGCCUUCUAUGUUUCCCGAUUUCCGACCCCCAAACUGCCUCCUCGACCCCAAUUACUGCCUUCAUAUAUAGUUAUCGUUAAAAUGGUUAAUUAUUGGUGCUUUUGGGCAAUUGCUAUGGCUCAAAAACCGGUAAAUACGAGGCUCUUGAGUACGAUAGUCUGGCACCGGUGAAUGUUGAUGUUGAUGCUCUCGACGGCGCGGCUGUGUCAACGUGCGUGUGUCGGUGCCCGCUCCAUUAUCAUGUCCUCCGCCGCCCCCACGCCGCCCAAGGUGCCCAGGCUGACGGAGAGACUGGUGUGGGUGGACCUGGAGAUGACUGGCUUAGAUGUGGAGAAGGAAGUGAUCAUGGAGGCAGCUGUUAUUGUGACAGACAGUGACCUCAACAUAGUGGCUGAGGGCCCCAACUUAAUCUUGAAGGUGGAAGAUGAGAUUCUUGAUAAUAUGAAUGACUGGUGCAA